UCGCAAUUUACCUUAAAAUCUCCCUCUUUCCAUUGCUCCCAGUUUCUUUCCUAGCAUUCUUGCAUAAGGAAUUUUAGUAUUCUCCGGGCUUUUAAGAUGAAAAAGGCCCAUCGUGUGGGCCAAAACACCAUUAAAUACUUUCCCCAUGGACCAAACGACGAGGGAAUCUAAGUCUUAAAGCUUUCUUCACUACCCAGCAUUUAGUUGGGCAUCCAAAGAGGAUGAUGCUGUAGAGUGAGUACCGCACUAAGCAAAGCAUGGUGAGCUACAGCUUUCUCGACUAUUAGAAUCAAGGGUGUUAUUUCCGCGCAUAUUACAACCGGUGACCAUCCGGUAGCAGGUACACAUGUAAUGUAAAGCAGGCUCAACAACAGUUCACCGAAGCUCCAUUAUAGCGAUCAGCCAACACCAAAGCUAAGCUGAAAAGGAAAACAAGAAGAUUCUCUUCUAUCCCAUUUCGAUCCUUCGGGCUCUUUGUUGCCAGCCUAUUCAAUGCAAUCCUUCUCCGCCAUUAACUCCGAUGAGAAUUUUGAGCAGAGAAUCUCUGAUCGCGUUGGCUGAAGUGGGCAUUCAAACACUGCAUGGGCAUUGCUUGAUAGGAUUAUCUCGUAUUUCGCGCUGCGACCCUGAAGCCAAACUGAUUCCUCAGAUUUCAUUCUUCUAAUUUCUAAGUCUUGGAUUUGAGGUGAAAUUCGAGUCUCUGAGUCAGAAAACGAUCAAAGAAUUGAAAAAUGCUGACGUGUAUAGCUCGAUCGAAGCAACCAGGCGAUGACUCGCUGAGUCAACCCGAUGAGUCCGCCACCACAAACACUCCCAACACCAAACACCACCAAGCGAUCAAGUCCCUCACUACUCAGCUUAGGGACAUGGCGCUGAAGGCCUCUGGAGCAUACCGGCACUGCAAUCCAUGCACGGCACCAACAACUCAGACCCGAUUCAGGAACUGGAACGAGUCUGACGCAGAGUCGGAUCGUUUCCGUUGGUCGUUACGGCGGACCGGAAGCUCGAGUUCUACGACGCCUAGGACAUGGGGGAAGGAGAUGGAGGCGAGGCUGAAAGGGAUAUCGAGCUCGAGUGGCGAGGGGACGCCAAACUCAGUGAAUGGCAGUGGGCGCCGGGUAGACCCGCCCGUCGUCUUCGUCGAAGAGAACGAACCCAAAGAGUGGGUGGCCCAGGUGGAACCCGGUGUUCUGAUCACUUUCGUUUAUCUUCCACGCGGAGGAAAUGAUCUCAAGCGGAUACGCUUCAGUCGAGACAUGUUUAACAAGUGGCAAGCUCAAAGAUGGUGGGCAGAGAACUAUGACAGGGUCAUGGAGCUUUACAAUGUCCAGAGGUUUAAUCGCCAAGCUUUUCCACUUCCAACAACCCCAAGAUCAGAAGAUGAGAGCACAAAGAUGGAGUCUGCAGAAGAUAGCCCUGUAACACCACCACUGACCAGAGAACGCUUGCCUCGUAAUUUCUAUCGACCAACAGGGAUGGGAAUGGGCUACUCAUCCUCAGAUUCACUGGAUCAUCAUCCAAUGCAAGCCCGUCAUUACUGUGAUUCAGGUGGUCUCACCUCAACCCCAAAACUCUCUAGUAUCAGUGGGGCCAAGACAGAAACAUCGUCAAUGGAUGCUUCUAUAAGAAGCAGCUCAUCAAGGGAGGCAGAUCGCUCAGGAGAGCUGUCAAUCAGCAAUGCUAGUGACAUGGAAACUGAAUGGGUGGAACAGGAUGAACCAGGAGUUUACAUAACUAUCAGAGCCUUGCCAGGUGGCAAAAGGGAGCUGAGAAGAGUUAGAUUCAGGGUAUCAGGAUGGCCAUGAAAUUAUCGGUUCCAUUAUUGGUUUCAUUUUAGCCCACAUGCUAGAAAUGGGAUGCAUAUAUCAUUUUCUGGGAUCCUUAGAUUCACUACUAUCUAAUCUUCUUGCUUGUUGACAUAGAAGAUAUAAUGGCCCCUUACCUGAAUUCUAGUCACUUGAAUUUUCUUAUGAUUAGCAGCCAGUAUGGCCCGAUAUAUGGCCUGAUAUAGAGAAAAUAUGAUGUGCAUAAUAAACAAGUACAUGUCAAUGCGACGCUUCAGUGUAAAAGCUUUAAGGUCUCUGAUAUGGACUGUUGGAUCAGUCUGCUAUAUCUCAAUUAGAGGACCAUGUAUUGUGGUCAAAUAUUAUGGUUCUGCCAGGAUUAUGAUCUGAUUUAGCAAUUAUUGCUAGUUUAUCAAGCCUAUGUAUUGGAUUCAUUAUUAGCUCCGUAUGGUUGGUGAUACAGGAAGACAACAUAAGUAUCUGGGUUUACAAUCUAACUUGUUUGUUGGCAACACUUUCCCCCAUAGUUUUACAGACAAAAAAACAUUGUUGAUCAGUUGAUGAUGCUCUGUGAACAAGUGCUUGAGUGGGUUUGAUUUGACUCAAUCCAUUUUGUUUGGACUUGAUGAUAGUUAUACCAGGCUGUAAUUGAGCCAACUUACAUAUAAUUAUGACUUGAAUUGACAGCCUUUAGAAACAAAUUACUGUUGCCCAUCAUGCUGCUUCCACUUAUUAUAUAGGUCCUGUUUGGCAUUGAGUCUCAGAACCUAAAAUUACUUUUCUGAAUAAAAGCACAAUUUAAGAUGCUGUUGAGAAAAAUAUUUUGAAAAAAACUGUUUUGUUAUUUUAGUAUUCUUAUGACUAAAAUUGAUCAAAUUUAAAUAACACUCUCAAACUGGUAUAUUUAAAAAAGUGAUAUUCUCAGCAGCAGUUUCAAUAGUAAUGCCAAACAGGACAAUAAUCUUUUCUAGUUUUGCUGACAAACGGUACAAGUAUAGCAUGAAUUUAUCAAUAUUUUCAAAUUGAGUUUUUGCUCCGAGUUAUUUAAGAUUGCGAAAUCUGAAGUUGGAUAACCCAUUAGAGUUUCCUUUUUUUUUUUUUCUUUUUGCUUAAAAUUGCAUUUACUGCUCGA